CUGUGCUCUAGGCUGACCUCAACCACGUGGUGCGUCAGGGCAUUUUUAAGAUCUCGUUGUUUGUUUAGCCCCCUGUCACCUCAUCCGCUGGGUGAUUUUCAAUCUUUGUCUCAAAAAAUUCCAAAUGGCUGGAGAAGCAGAUUUCUCGGCGCCGGCCGAAGUGCACACUUUCGGCGGGCUACUUUUCGAUCUGGACGGAACGGUGAUCGAUUCCACAGAGGCGAUCAUCAAGCAUUGGCACAAGAUAGGAAAGCAGCUGGGCGUGGACCCGAACGUUAUCCUGGCUUCAUCGCAUGGCCGGAGAUCUAUAGACACGCUCAAGCUCUAUGAUCCUAGUCUGGCCAAUAUGGAGUACGUCGCCCACAUUGAGGGACUCAUUCCGAAAGAGUUUGGUCAAGAUGCGGUGGAGGUUCCUGGCAGCCGGGCGCUGCUUGACCAGAUUGAGGCGUUGGGAGCACCGUGGGCCAUAGUUACGUCAGGCACGCGGCCGCUGGCCACGGGCUGGCUGGAGAUUAUGAAGCUAGCUCAGCCCAAGAAUUUCGUCACGGCCGAAGAUGUGGACGAGGGCAAGCCGGACCCGGCGUGCUACCGGCUGGGCCACUCGAAGCUGGGGAUUCCGGCGUCAGCAGCGACGCUGGUGUUGGAGGACGCACCGGCGGGGGUGCGUGCUGGCAAGGCGGCGGGUUUCAAGGUGGUGGCACUGGCGACAACACACAGUGUUGAUCAGCUGAAGGCAGCCGGGGCGGACUGGAUCGUGCGCGACAUGCGGAGCGUUCGGGUGAUGGGGUACGACGAGAGGCUAAUCAAGGUGCGCAUCGCCGACAGUGUGCUGCUUGGGUAG